UUUUUCUCUUUCAAUCAACCCUUUUUCUCUUUUCUUCUUCGUCUUCUUUCUCCUUCCAAGCCAAUUUUUCUUUGCUUUUGUGCCACAAAUUCACUCUUCCAUGAACUUUCUUCUAUCAAGGUUCAUUCAAGAAUUUGUUUAACUAAGAGACAACCAAAGAUAUAUAGAUGGCAACAAAAGCAAAGGAAAGUUCUGUUGUUGGAAAGGAGAAGAAGGCCACAACUUCAAUUUCUCACACAACAACCACAAAAAGAACCACCAAACCAUCCAUAUCAACAUCAACAUCAACAAGAUCAUCAACAACAACUACUACCUCCAUUAAGAAACCUAACACAACCUCUUCAGACAAAAACAUCCCCAACUAUCUCAAACCCACUUUAACCUCACGCCAUGAAUCUCUCUCUUCCAAACACCCCAAAACUAACACUCUCAACAACAACAACAACAGUAACAACAAGACUUCUGAAGCAGUGAGAAGAAGAUCUUUGGACAAACCACUUUCUUCUUCACACAUCACAAAACCUUCCUUACGUAGGUCCUCCAUUGGUCCACUUUCCAAAACCACUGUCCCUUCCAAACCCAUUUCAGAUAGGACCAUAAAGGCCACAACUGAUGCAAAAACUAAGCCAUUACACACAAGGGUCACAAAGAAAACCACCCCUUCAACUUCUACUAUUGCCUCUACAAGCACUAGGAAGGUAGUGGCCAAUAGGGAUCAUCAUGGUUCUGUGAAGUCAGCAAAGAGCGCUCCUAAGCAAACUAAGAAGGCUUUGAGUGUUGAAACUGAGGAGGUUAAGGAAGUUACAAGCCAAGAAGUUGAAGUGGUAAAGGUGGAGGAUGAAGAACACAGUGUGCAUGAGGUUGAACAUGUGCCUGAAAUCUCAUUAUUACCUGAUGUUGAAUCUGAACAUGAGAUUGAACAUGUUAUGGUGCCUGAUAAUGAUAAUUCUGAUCCGUCUCAUUGUCAAGUUGAUGAUGAGAGGGUGAUCUCUACAGUGUCAGAAGCAGAAGCAGAAGAAGAGAAAGAAAAAGAUGAGGAGCAGGAAGUGGAGGAGGAUAAAGAGAACAAAGAUGGAGUUGUUGAAAAUGAAGUUAUUGAAAAUGAGAAAGAUGAAGGUGGGGUGGAGAAUGAAAUGGAAGAUGAGAAAAGUGAAGAGGAGGAGAAGAAGAAGAAUAAUGAUGAAGAAGAAGAGGAAGUGGAGAAAGAGAAGGUGGGAGUGGAAAAUGAAGAAGAGGUGGUGAAGGUUGAGGAAACAGAAGAAGCAUCAAAGGAGCAGUUAGAAGAAAGGAAAAAUGGAAAGAAGGUGGCUCAGAUAUCCAAUGAUGUGAUUGAAGAAACUACAAGCAAGCUUAUGGAGGCAAGGAAGAGCAAAGUGAGGGCAAUGGCUGGUGCAUUUCAAACUGUGAUUGAUCACCAAGCCACAACAAAAUGAAUCAUUUAAUAAUAAUGAUUAUAUGUAUUUCAUGCGAGGAACUUCUUUGUUCACACACUCUAUGCAUCUGUAGGGAGAAAAGGAAAAAAAGUAGAAAAAGAAAGAAAAUAUCAGUUCAGGAGUGUAAAGAGGUUACUCUCAUAUGUGUACAUGGCUUCCUCUUGCAAAACUUGAAAGCAAGUGUUGCCUUCAAACUUUGUUAAUUUUUAUGACUAGUUGAUUUGUUAAAUGGAUUUCAUGUUCAUUAACAUCUGUAAUUAAA